AUACGCAGUCAAACCCGCCAGCUUCACUGGAAAUCGUAUUGCUGGUAGAAACUAGAAAUGGGCUGCACCGGCUCUCCAGCUCCCGAACCUCAAUGCAACCGUGGCAGACCAACAUAUACUCCGCGAGGCGCCGAGGCGAUCAUCGAGGGUGUUAUUGCAAACCGAAACAGGAAAGAUCGUUCGUCUCGCAUGAAGUCACGCCCGAAGGACAUGCAGCCACCACCGAGGACACGACGGAAGAAGCGAUAGAUAGGAGAAUCCGGGAGUAUGGAGUCAGUAUCGAUCAUGCCAUGGGCUCUUGCGCGAUGGGUAGAGUCGUCGACAGCCACUGCCGCGGGAAGGGGGUGAAAAGAUUGAUUCGGUUGAUGCAUCUGUUUUUCCUGUUUUUCCUGUUGCACUUGCCUGUCACAUUCAAGCUGCUAUUUAUGCGUUCGCUAAGAGGACUACGGAUUAGAUAUCUUGUGGUGAAUAGGUCGAGUUCGAACAAAACAUCUGAAGCCUUUGAUGUUCACCGAGUUCACGUUUUCAAUCAAUCUUGGGCCCCUGCUCAUUGCUCACCUCUUGCUGCCAGGAGGCACAAUAAGCUGUCUGACCGAAAGAUUAACCAAACACCUGCGCGUUUCCAUGCAAAUAGGACUUGUCAGACAGAAAUAAGUGCUAUCAUCACGCCGCCUCAAUACAUCCCAAUCCGGUAUUCCUUUCACCACACUGCAGGUCGGCGAGGCUCUCCACCAGCCUCACUCUUGGCGGUUGUAUAUUCACUGCAGCUUCACCACCGCAAUAACCUGUGCUUGAUAUGUUUCGACAGUCAAUUACUGGUGUCCAAAUGGACUUCGUUGCGAAAAAGUCUUAAGCGGGGGCCAUAUAAGUAACUUAUGGUCAACUGAACUUCAGCAUCAGCCCCAUCCAACUUCAGUGGCUUGCAGGUGUCAAAACUUCAGUUG